GCACACGCCGAUGGCUCUCGACACCCGUCACAGUCUGUUCUAAUGUCAGUUGCCGUCAACUGCAUUGGAUACGGCGCUGAGUGUUAUGCAUUAGUGUAGAAAUCGGAGCAAAAUCGUCACAAAUCGAGAUUUUUUUACAUAUUUUCGGCGGAAAUUUAUUCAUCACUUUGCCUCGCGAAGAACGCCUCCGUCAGCCGGAAAAUAGACGAACCGGAUUAAUAAAGGUGUCAGCCGCUCGUCAAAGUUCCAAUUUUACAAGUUGGAACAAAUCUGAAAAGAGCAAUUAGGACGAAAUUAUGCGAUAAACCAGAUUAAUAGCAGCGGCUUGUUUACCGCGUAUUUGCCCAUUGGUGUGGUCCACUGUAAUUGUAUGUUCUACAUUGAGUAGGUACCGACACCGAACCUUCGCAGAGCUUCACCAUUUUACUUACAAUUUUGUUUUCAAACGUCGAACCGUUCCAAAGUCAAACAAACAUACUGUUCUACAUUUUUGACAAGUAUUUUGUUUUACUUUUAAAUAUGGAUGAAAAUUUUGAAAACUUCUUGAAAAGCAGGGACAUCGAGGAAGAUACCAUAGAAUAUCUUCGCACAGAAAAGAUUGAUUGCAAGGUGAUAGACGUCAUGAGUGACGAAGAUUUAGCAAAAAUAUUUCCUGUGUAUGGAGACAGAAUUGCCAUAUCAAAUUAUUGCAAAAAUGCUGUGUCAUCUUGUUCAUCAAGGAAACAAAGUCUUUUAGACAGACUGCGAAAAAAAAUUAAUCAAAAACGAAAAAAGAAAAAUGUUUUGUCAAGUAGUGAUGAAGAAAAUGAAGCGUUUCCCAAAAAAUUGAAUAUGGAUAAAAAAAUGUCUGUCGCUAUGAAAAAGCAACACAACAGAUUUAUUGAAAUAGGCUGGUUGCAUAGUGAGGACAGUGGAAACAAUUUUAAACAAGUUCGUACAAGGAGUGGUGGAGGAACGAGAAAAGUAAACGUCGCUCAAAGCUUCAAAAAAGAAGAUUUGCUGAAAAUUGCGAUAGAACUUUUCUUUCCUAACGGUAUAUCUUCAAAAGGAAAAAUCUCAGAUUUUAAAACUGAUGUCUUUGAUUUUGGUGGUAAUCAACUUAACGACCACUACAAUGUUGAAGAGAUGUAUACUGUGACUGGCUUAACAAGACUGAGAAUUUAUUUGUCGACUCAGAGGAUAAUUGGGCAAGUUAAUGAAAAUAUACACGCAAUUGAGCCUAGAACAUAUCCUAAACAGAAAUGUGAAACAUUAACAAGUGGUGCAUAUGAAUAUGAAUCGUAUUGUGCAAAUAUUGCAAUAGGGAACCCUUACGAGGAGCGAUUAACAAAUGAACGUGUCAUAGAUGAAAACGAAUGUUACAACGUCGAAGAAUUUCUAGUUUUGCCAACUCCAAGUGAGAAUACUGCAUCAGAUUUUUUGUUGGCACUAGAGCUUCAGCAGGUCGAAGAUGCCAAUAACUCAAUUCUUCCCAUUGAAAAGAACAGUGUCUCAGAUGGAAGUAUUGCUAAAUUAACUUUGCAUCGUGGCCAUAUCUUUGAGGAGUUAAUUGAUAUUUAUACAUCAUUAGACAUCAGUACUCAAAUUGACAUACAAAUUGUGUUGCCGAAUGGCAACGAAGAAGCGGCUGUAGAUUUUGGUGGAGUAUUUAGGGACGCAUUGAGUGAGUUUUGGACCACAAUGUACGAAAAAUGUACACAAGGUACAACAGUGCGUAUUCCUGUUUUGAGACAUGACUUCGGAGAUAAAAAAUGGACAGCUAUUGCAAAAAUAUUUUUGAAAGGUUGGUUAACCGAAAAGUAUUUUCCGAUAAAACUUUCCACUGUAUUUAUCGAAAAUUCACUAUUUAAAAAGACCAUAACUCCUAUCGAAGACGAAUUUAUGAAAUAUGUCAGUGAGGAAGAAAAAGAAGUUUUUACUGAAGCACUGCAUAAUUUUGGUACAGUGGAUUUUGAACAACUUUUAGAUCUUUUAGAUCAAUACGGAAGCAGAUGGAAACCAUCAGAAGAAAAUUUUUCUCAACUCUUAAAGGAAAUUGCCCACAAGGAGCUUGUACAGAAACCUACUUUUGUUGUAAAUUGUUUUCAUUCCGUUAUUAGCAAUAAAAUAACCCAAGAACAACUUGCUGAGAUCUAUAAUAAGUCAAAACCCACUUCGAAAAACAUUCUACCUAUUUUGAAAUUUGAGGAUGUGACUUCCAUCGAAAAAGAGAAGGUGAUGGGCUAUUUGAAAAAGUAUAUUCGAGAUUCAGACGAAAACUACCGAACGUCUUUUCUACGUUUUUGUACCGGUGCGGAUAUGAUUGUGGGUCAUGAAAUCAAGGUUAGCUUUUCUAAUGUAUCAGGAUUAAAGAGACUGCCAGUUGGACAUACAUGUUCUUAUACAUUAGAACUACCCUUCGACUAUCAAGACUACACAGAAUUUAGAUCCGAAUUUAAUUCCGUGUUAAGUUCAAAUAUUUGGAUAAUGGACUUGAUCUAAUUAAGUACCACCUGUUAAGGAUAUGUUCCCAAAAUUAAUGUUACGUUUUUAUAUUUCCAUAAUUGAACUUUUGUUAAGUUGUAUAUUAACCUUUAUUUUCUAUUAAACUUUAUUUAUUUUUUGUA